CCUUUUUUCAUUGCUGAGGUCCAGUCACAUGUGAACCGCGAGAUGUCAUCGACAAUUUGAAACUUCUCUUAGUUUUGGCAAAAGUUAAAUUUGCAAUCCCCAGAUAUUUCAUUUUGCUCAAUUCUUACAAUGUCAUUCCUGUUGAAGGCUCUUAUAAUAGGCUUCGCAGUUUUUUGUGCUUAUUUGAAAUAUUAAUAAAUUAUUGUCAUAAUCAAUCAAGUAGUGUUUCAAUAUAAUGCGAUUUGCCAUUUAACCUGACAACCAUAAUUAUGCCGGUCUAUCUUUAUGAAACAAGGAUUUUGGAAACUGUUCGAGAUGGUGCACUUACAAUCAUCAGAGCCAUAGGCAAUGCAAUACGUUAUAUCUACCGAUGAUUGAUGUAGUUCUUCUAAUGACUCCAUAUUUAAAGCGACUUUUUUUGCUCAUUGUGAGCAUAUUUUCGGUAGUGCAAUCUGGCCUUGUACCCCAAAAAUUCAUUCAUGGGUCUAUAAAAAAGGCUUUCGUCGUUCCAGAUGCUUACACUAAGGCUCCAGACUACGGUUUCGAGAUAUGGUUUGGUAAUCACCAAGUGGAGUAUGGUAAUCACUUGUGGAUUGAAAAUCUCAAGGAAAAACCCACGCACAUAAACUGGGUUCAUAAUAAAAAAGAUAGAUUCACCUUAAUAAUGACAGGGUUAGAUGCUCCGUCAAGUGACGAUCCUCAUGACCGUGAAGCGCUGUACUGGAUGGUUGGAAACAUUUUAGAAACGAAUAUCGAGGAUGGAGAACAUUGGGCACCAUAUGUUCAGCCUUGGCCUCUCCAAGGAGCUGGACCACAUCGCGUGAUUUUCACAAUAUACAAGCAGUAUAGAGGUAGAAAAAUUAAUUUCAAGGAGAAAAAGUUAGGAUACAGAAUUAUCGGUGACGAACGAAAAAACUUCUCUACCCGAAAAUUUGGCGAAAGGUACUCUUUAGGUGCACCGUGGGCCGCCAAUUUUUUCGACCUAUUUGACAAUUCAAGUUAUCCUCCUUGGGCUAAUAUAAACAAUUGAAUUCAACGAUUUUUAUUUUCAACAAACAUUUUCCUGUACAUAAUGAUUGUGAUGAAAUUAGAUUUAAAAAAAAAAAAAAAAAAAAAAAAAAAAAAAAAAAAAAAAAAAAAAAAUGAUAACAGUUAUCAACUAAAAGUUUUCUCAACAAAGCAGUACAAACUUUAGUAAAAGUGUAUAAUCGUAAAUAGUAAAUUUAUGUUACACUAAGUAUACAUGCACGUAUCUAUAGGUAUAUACUCGAAUUACAAAAGGGAAUUUUCAGAUUAAGUAAAUGACAGUCUUAUGUGUUUUACACUUGAAAA